AUGAGAGUGGGAAAGGUGAUACCUGAAUGGGCUCGACAUCCGGAUGGAUCUCCCAGAAGAUUAACACUUCUCGGACGAGCUUUACUACUCAUCAUUGGAGAGUUAUUGGCCAAUGCCAUCUGUUGGAUAGCGGCUGGGAUCUGUUUCAGAGAUGCAGAUGGACUAUUGGCAUUGGCACUGCUUGCAUGGACGAUAGGAUUGAGGCAUGGUCUCGAUGCAGAUCAUAUCUCAGCUAUAGAUAAUGCAACUAGACAAUUGGUCAGUCUAGGUCAAUUACCCAUUACUUGUGGAUUAUUCUUCUCACUUGGUCAUUCCACUAUCGUUAUAGUUGUCAAUAUAGCUAUAGCGAUCAGUGUGGACAUUUACGACAAAUUAGACAAGGUCGGUUCGGUCGGGGGUAUAAUAGGAGCAUCAGUAUCUUCAUCCUUCUUAUUCCUGAUAGCGUGUAUCAACAUUUAUUUCUUGGUUGGAGCUAUAAGACAGAGAAGGGAAAUUCAACGACGUGAGAAAUUAGGUUUACCAAUUGAGGAUGAAGAUCCUACCAAGAUACAUGGAGGUGGAUGUAUGGUCAGAAUCAUCAGACCCGUAUUAAGAGCAGUUGACAGGAGUUGGAAGAUGUAUCCCGUUGGUAUAUUAUUUGGAUUCGGUUUCGAUACAGCUUCUUCAAUAGCUCUAUUGGCGAUCUCAGCAAUCGCUCAAAGAGGUCCAAGUGGUCAAGAGAUAAAUCAUGGAAAGAUUGUUAUAUUACCGUUUACAGCAGGAAUGUCACUCGUCGAUUCAUUAGAUUCCGUCUUGAUGUUAUACGCCUACGCCACGCCUUCGACCGAUACUCCAGAAGGUAAACUGUCUCUACUUCAAGAUAUCGAUCCGGAUAGUAAAUCGACAUUGGUCGAAGAGACCGUUAUCCCUGUUCUGCCGUCUUCCAAUACAAAUCCAGAUGUGAACGAAGCAAUGGUGUCCAUUGAAGGUAGAAGAGAAGAUGACGCGACUGAAGGUACCGGUGAAAUAGAAAUACUGGAAAGAGAACAGAAUCAAAACCGAGAAGAUUCAGUGAAAUCACCCAAUGAGAGAGAUAUAGAGGCACCGCACAUCAAUAGAAAUACGGGAAAUGAUAGACAAGAUAGAAUAAUUAGAGUAAAAACAAACACAAUGUCAAAUUUAUCUAUAAUAUUAACUCUCCUUUCUAUAAUAGUAGCUUUAAGUAUAUCAUUAAUUACGAUGAUGGGAUUAAUAGGUGAAAAUUGUAACAAAUGUACUGUAGCUGCUGAAGAUCCAGACGGAGGCGGAUUAGCUGGAAGUUGGUGGAGAGCAUGGUUCAGAGCAAACGAUCAAUCAGGUUUUAUAGGAGCUGCUAUAGUCGGUUGUUUCGCAGCUAUCCUAUUUGGUUAUUAUGGUGUUAGAUGGGCGAUCAAGAGAUAUUCCAAAAAGGAAGUCGCUUUACCGACUGCACUCACAGGGGAGGAGGAAGAAAGAGAAGCGGCAGUCUUACAAGAAUGA